AUGCGCGACUCAAAAUAUGGUGUCGAUCAGAAGGGUUUAUUCGCAAGGGAAAAAAUUUACAAAGGUGAAGAAUUAAUUUACGAAUACGAUCCUUUGGUCGAGGAAUGGCCAUUUUAUCCUGAUAAUGAUAAACGAGGAAAAUAUACCAAAGCAGAAUUAUGCAAGUUGGUUGAAAAUAACUCAAAAUUAAGCAAACUUAUCCAUUAUCAAGCUUACAACGUUGACGAUGAUUUAUUCAACGUUCCAGUUAAAUAUGCAAAUAUGGAUUCUGAUAAUGUUGAUGAUUGUGAAAAACGUUUCCACCAAAAGCUAUUAAUCAAUCAUUCUUGUGAUCCAAAUGUUGGCUUCGUUCAAGGUCAAAAAUGCUAUGCAUUUCGAGACAUUGAUAUUGGCGACGAAAUAACACAUCAUUAUGGGUGUAUAGGUACCGAAAAAUCUUUUUAUGUCGGAUUAAAAUGUCAAUGUGGAUCAAAAGAUGAAUGUCAACAAAUUCUUCGUAUGGAUUUUUAUAAGGAUCCAGUAUGGCGACAGAAAUAUGAGCCAUAUUGCACUCCCUAUGUUAAAAAGAUUAUCCAAGAAUUACUACACAACGACGAAACAAUUGCUGAGAAUACUGUAAUUGAUCAGCAAUUGUCCAUGACCAGUGCUAGUAUGUUUUGGCUCAAUGCUCUUCACGGUUAUAAGUUUGAUCAAUCUCUACCAUUACCAUAUGAUCGAUACCGUCUUGAGGGUGAAAAACGAACUGAUCGUGGAGUAUCGGUUUCCUUCGAUCUCAGUGAAGAUUUCUCAUAUCACUUUCUUUGCUGCGUAUCAUCAAUGAAUAUAAAACUUGAACAUCUUGUAUUUGCAACUUAUUAUGCUUUUAUAUACAAGUUAGUAAGUGGGGAAAAGGAUUUAUGUGUUGCCAUUAAUAAGAAUAGUCAAUGUAGAGACGAACUUAAAACAAUGAUUGGUUUCAUCGAAAAUGUCGUUCCAUUACGAUGUCAAUUAGAUCCUCAUUGGUCUUUUCAACAAUUGAUUGAACAUGUUUCUGAGAUAGUAACGAGUACUAUAAAGUAUUCUUAUUUUCCUCUUCAAACCAUUCUUGCUCAAUACUCUAAUACUUCAAAGCCUGUGUUUCUAGACACAAUAUUCGAAUUUCUCUCAUAUGAAAAUUACAAUGUCAAGAAUGAAGUAAUGACUGGUGAUGAUCGAGUUCAUGCUAUGUCAACAAGCUCAAUCCAAAUUAGUGACGAAGAAAUCAAGAACACGUUUGAUUUUUCUCUUACUAUUCAACAUAAUCUCGAAACCAAUCAACUCUCCUGCACAAUCGAUGCAUCACUUGACUUAUUCAAUCUUGAUACUAUCAAGAAGAUUGCACAACGAUUUCAUUCAAUGUUAGAACAUCUCUUUACUAUAACAAAUGAUCAGAUGAAGAAACCAGUUUAUGAGUUAUCAUUAGCGCUACCAGAUGAAAAGAGACUUAUGCAAUCAAUCAACAAUACACGAGUAUUAUUUCCUUCUCUCACUUGUAUUCACCAUGAAUUUGUAUAUCAAAUAAUGAAACAUCCACAAAAACUAGCUGUUGAACUAGAUGAACAAUCGUUGACAUAUUGUGAACUUUUAUAUUAUGUUCAAGUAUUAUCGCUGAUUCUGCUUAAUGAAUAUCAUAUGUUUCCAGGUGAGGUUGUGUGUCAAUGUGUUGAACGAAGUUUAUCAAUGGUGAUUGGCAUGAUGUCAAUUGAAAUGGUUGGCGGUGUUUAUUGUCCAUUAUCACCUCGAGAUCCAGAACAUCGUUUACAUGCACUCACACAACAAACUCAAAGUCAUCUUGUUCUUGUUCAUGAUUUGACUAAAACCAAAUUCAAUAAUGAUAUUAUUUCACUUGAUAUUGAUUCAGUAUUAAUUAUUAAUGAUCUAAAUAGUGACAUAGAUUAUAAUUGUCUUUCAAGUGUGAUAGUAAAAGGUGAAGAGAUAGCUUACAUAAUUUUCACAAGUGGUUCGACUGGAACGCCUAAAGCGGUUCAACUGAGACAACAUAAUUUUAUCAGUUCAAUACUAGCUUUCAUUCGGAUUGACGCACUACACGAAGGUGAUGUUACGAUUCAAAUAGCCGGUGCAACGUUCGACGCGCAUUUGCUGGAAAUUGUGGGAUCUCUAAUCUGCGGAGCAACAAUAAUCAUGCUACAUCCACAAGGUAAUAUGGAUUUUCAAUAUAUCAAUCAUAUUUUACAUGAAAAACAAGUGACAUAUCUGGUAGCGGUUCCGACUUAUCUCAAUCAUUUAUGUGACUUCCUCAAACAAAACAGAUUUCCUGCAUGGAUACUAAUGAGAAAUAUUAGCUGCGUAGGUGAAUCUGUGUCCUCAGCUUUCAUCAAGGUAUUGAUGCAAUUUGUUGCCCAAUCCUGUCGAAUUUGGAAUUUUUAUGGUCCUGCAGAAGCCACACUUGGAACUUCAUGCCAUUUGAUUGAUGUGCCCUCUCACGUGCAUGAUCUUCCAAUUGGCAAACCACUACCACGUUACAUAUGUUUACUUCUAAACAGCUUUUUACAACCUGUUGUGAUUCAGGAAGAAGGAGAACUACUAGUGGGAGGAGUAGGUGUGUUUGCCGGUUAUCUUGGACGUGAUGAUUUAACUACAAAAGCUCUUGUCGAAAUAGAUGGGCAACUAUUUUAUCGAACAGGUGAUCUUGUUACAAUGGAUAAUAAUGAUCUUCUUCAUUAUCAAGGAAGAAAAGAUCAUCAAAUCAAACUUCAUGGACAACGAAUUGAACUUGGUGAAAUCGAACGAUGUUUACUUAAUAUUACAUCUAUUUCUGCCUGUGUUGUCAUGAAAUGGAAUGAUGAUUAUUUAGUUGCAUAUGUUCAAAGUUCUGAUACUAAUGAACAGGAAUUGCGUGGACACUGUCAAUCUCAUCUCCCACCACAUAUGAUUCCAUCAAUAUUUAUUAUUCUUGACAAGUUACCUUUGAAUCCAAAUGGAAAAGUAGACCGAAAACAACUUCCUUCACCUCACUUUUCAUCUAUACAGCCCCGAAACAGUAUAGAAAUACUUCUACCAACAAAUGAUAUUGAAGUUAAUAUUCAUCAUAUUUGGUGUGACAUAUUCAAACAAAAUCAAAUCUCAAUUGAUACAAAUAUCUUUACUAUUGGUGGUCAUUCAUUACUUAUCAUGCAACUAUUUCAUCAAUACAAAAUCGAAUUUCAUUUAGAAACAAAUAUUCUUUCUAUUUCGAAUCUAUUUCAACAUCCAACAAUUAUUCAUCAUGCUCAACUCAUUCAACAAUCUAUGAAUAUGACACAGAAUACCAAUGAUUAUCCUUGGUCUUCAUUAUAUGUCACUCAAGCUAGGGCAUCAUUUGCACAAGAACGAAUCUAUUUAGAUGAACAAAUUCGAUUUUCAUCUAAAACAACACUAAAGAAUAUGUAUGUUAUUCCAAUGAUUUAUCGCAUCUCAUCCAUAAACGAUAAUCCAUCAAUUUCACGAUUACAACAUGCAUUUCAAAGUGUUCUCACAAAACAUAAGAUUCUUCGAACAGCACUUUGUAUUGAUGAUGUAAGUGGUAAUAUUAUACAACACUGUUUAGAUACGAAUAUCAUUUUCAAUGAUGAUAUGAAAUCAAAUGGACUGACAACCAUUAAUCUUCAUAAUGAUGAUCCUCGUCAUAUGAAUGAAAUCAUCGAAGAAAUAUUGAAUCAAUCUGAUUUAUUUGAUUUAUCAAAAGGACAUGUUAUUCGUUGUCAUAUUUUUCGUCAUUGUCAUUAUUCUGAAGAUAUUAUCUCAAAUGAGAAUGAUGACCUGUUGACUGAAAAUGACCACAUAUUGAUUAGUAUUCAUCAUGCAAUGUUUGAUGGAGCAUCAACAUCGAUCUUUCUUCGUGAUCUUUCUCUUUCUUAUCAAUCUGAUGACUCAUUAUCUGUGGAUGAUAACUCAUUAAAUUAUAUAGAUUAUUCUGUUUAUGAGCAUAUCAUGGAUAUGUCAUUAUCUCGUGUAUUCUGGCAUUCACAACUUAAAGGAUAUAAUAUGGAAUGCUCAUUAUCAUUACCAGUGGAUCGACAACGUUUAUCAACUAAUCAACAACGAUCAGGUUUAGCAUCCAUAGCUGAAAUCAAUUUUGAUAAUGAAUUAUGUACAUCAUUUCUAAACUAUGCAUCAUCGCAUCACCUCACACUGUUUCAACUUGGAUUAUCCGUAUUUUAUGUUUUCCUAUUCAAACUAUCUCAUGGUGAGACUGAUUUAUGUAUUUCUUCUAUCAAUGCUAAUCGAUACCGAAGUGAACUAGUGAAUAUGAUAGGAAUGCUUGUAUCAACAUUGCCAUAUCGUAUUCAAAUUGAUUCUAAUUGGUCGUUUGAUGAAUUUGUUAGACAUGUAGGAGAGAAAUGCUUAUCAAUUCUUGAACAUUCUCAUUAUCCACUUCAACAUAUUCUUGGUGAUAAUCGAUUAAAUCAAUCAAAUGUAUCAUUUCUUGAGACAAUGUUUGAUUUUAUUACUGUAUCGAAAGAUAUGGGACAUUUAAGUUUGAAUGAUGUAAACUUCGAACAAAUAUUAUUAGGACAAUCAGCUGAAGUGGCUAAAUUUGACUUUUCAUUAACAUUUGUAUACAAUCCAUUAUCAGAUAACAAGAGAUUAUCAUGUAGUUUUGUUUGUUCACAUGAUUUGUUUGAGAAAUCAACUAUUUCAAAAAUAGCUCAAAGAUUUCAAUAUAUGUUUGAGCAAGUGUCUCCAAAACAAUCAAGCAACAUUCCUGCGAUGAAUGUCAGUUCACCGAUUAACAAAGUUUCUCUUAUUCUUCGUGAGGAAGUUGAGGAAAUGGACUUAGCACUGUUUCAUCGAUUGGAGAAUAUUGUGAAUGAAGCACCAGCAUCAUUUGCACAAGCUCGUAUUUGGCUUGACGAGAGAAUUCGAUUCGAUCCAGACAAACCACAAAUAGCAAUCUACAAUAUGCCUUUUGUUUAUCGUCUCCAACCAGGUCAUACCUUAUCAAUUAAACAACUUGAUCAUGCUCUUCAUCUCACUAUUAAUAAACACCCCUCACUACAUACGUCACUUUAUUUUGACAUCGAAAAGAAUCUACUUAUGCAACGAGUUAUUACUCAUGAACAUAAACAUAAUAAUACUAUGUUUUCAAUCAUCGAAACCACUUAUGAAACAGAUGAACAAUUGAAUGAGAUUUUGCACAACGAGAAACGUAAUCCUUAUCUUUUUGAUCUUGCUCAAGGUCUUGUCUUUCGAUGUCAUAUUAUUUAUCACAAACAAAUCUCUUCAAAUCAUCUUGCUUCUGACAAAGAUCUACUUAUCUUCAACUUUCAUCAUGCUCUAUUUGAUUUUCCAUCAAUGAACAUCUUUCUUCAUGAUUUCAAUCAAGCAUAUACAGGUCAAUUAUCAUAUGAUGACAACACUGAUCUACGUUAUCUUGACUAUGCUGUUAUUGAACAACAAAUGUCAAUGAUUGGUGCAAGUAUGUUUUGGCUUGAUACUCUUCAUGAUUGUAAACUCGAUCAACCUUUAUCGCUACCAUAUGAUCGAUAUCGUCUUGCAAGUGAACAUCGAACUGGUCGUGGAACAUCGGUUUGUUUUGAUUUUGGUCAAGAUCUCUCACAUCACUUUCUUGUUUAUGCAUCAUUAAAUAACAUAUCACCGGAACAUCUUGCAUUAGCUACUUAUUAUGUGUUUUUAUUCAAAUUAACGAAUGGUGAAAAAGAUUUAUGCAUUGGAAUAAAUACACAUGGUCGAUAUAGAGAUGAACUUAGAUCUGUCAUUGGAAUGUUUGUGAAUGCUAUACCUUUGCGAUGUCAACUCGAUCCUUAUUUAUCAUUUGAUAAAAUCACUAAGCAAGUUCGAGAUAUUAUGAUAAACUGUAUGAAAUAUUCAUAUUUUCCACUUCAACGUAUUCUCAAUCAACAUUCGAAUAUAUCAAAUCCUGUAUUUCUUGAUACAUCAUUUGAAUUCAUAUCAUCGAUGAUAAUAGAUGAAGAGAAUGAAAUAAAGCUUGGUGAUAGUCGACUUUCUUUACUACCUUCUUCAAUUAAGAUUAGUAAAGAUGAAAUAAUGAGUAAAUUUGAUUUUAUUCUUAGUUUUCAACAUGAUCUGAAUCUAAAUAAAUUCUCAUGCACGAUCAAUGCAUCACUUGAUAUAUUUAAUACUGAAACAGUUUGUAUAAUUGCACAAAGAUUGCAAACGAUAUUACAAGAACAAUUCACAUCUUCCGACUGUAUAACAAACAAACCUAUCUAUGAAUUAUCAAUAAUAUUAUCAAAUGAAAGAUUACUCAUGCAAUCAUUGAAUAAUACACAAAUAACAUUUCCAUCUCCUCUCACUUGUAUUCAUCAUGAGUUUGUGCAUCAAGUCAUGAAACAUCCACAGAAACUAGCUGUUGAACUAGAUGAACAAUCAUUAACAUAUUGUGAACUUCUAUAUUAUGUUCAAGUGUUAUCUUUAACUCUUCUUACUGAAUAUCAGGUGUUUCCAGGUGAGAUCAUAUGUCAGUGUGUUGAGAGAAGUUUGUCAAUGGUGAUUGGUAUCAUGGGAAUUGAAAUGGUUGGAGGUGUUUAUUGUCCAUUGUCACCUAGAGAUCCACAAUAUCGUUUGCAUGCACUCACACAACAAACUCAAAGUCGUCUUGUUCUUGUUCACCAUUCUACAAUGUUGAAGUUUUCCAGUGAAAUCGUUUUAUGUAACGUCGAUUUAAUAUGGACUGUCGACUACAUUAACAAUACUAUAAUUAUGGAUCGCCUUUCGGACAUUGUAGUAACGAUAGAUAAUACUGCAUAUAUUGUUUUUACUAGUGGUUCAACAGGAAUAUCAAAAGGAGUUCAAAUUCGUCAUCGAAAUUUGUUAGCUUCCACUGAUUCUGUUGUUCGAUUGAAUUUAUUCACAAAUAAAGAUACUAUGAUACAAAUGGCAAGUUGCUCAUAUGAUGUGCAUGCUCGAGAAAUCAUUGGAGGUUUAAUCACUGGUUCAACGAUUAUAAUGCUUCGUCCUCAAGGAAAUAUGGCUUUAGACUAUAUGAUGAAUACGUUAAAUGGAAAACAAGUAUCAUAUCUGCAGUGCGUACCGACAUAUGCCAAUGUUUUCUUGGAAUUUCUACGAAGUCAUAGCGUUCCAAAUUUGAGCAGUUUGCGUACUUUUGAUAUUGGUGGUGAAACAAGCACAGUUCAACUUAUUGAUAAGUUGUAUACAUAUCUGCCACAAGUAUGUUCUGUAUGGAACAUCUAUGGACCUGCAGAAACAACAGUCGAUUGCACAUGUUAUGUCAUAGGGAGAAAUCUAAACAUGACCAACAUUCCAAUUGGACGUCCGCUACCCAACUAUCGAUGUACAGUUAUGAGUGAAUAUUUACAAUCAUCUGUUAGCAGUCAAGAAGGUGAACUACUUAUAGGUGGAGUAGGUGUCUUUCCUGGUUAUCUUGGACGUGAUGACUUAACUGCAAAAGCUCUUGUUGAAAUAGAUGGUCAACUAUUUUAUCGAACAGGUGAUCUUGUCACAAUCGAUAACAAUGGUCUUCUUCAUUAUCAAGGAAGAAAAGAUCAUCAAAUCAAACUACAUGGACAACGAAUUGAACUUGGUGAGAUCGAACGAUGUUUACUUAACAUCACAUCCAUCUCUGCUUGUGUUGUCAUGAAAUGGAAUGAUGAUUAUUUAGUUGCUUAUGUCCAAUCAUCUGCUCAUAUGAAUGAAGAAGAACUACGUCAACAUUGCCGAUCUCAUCUUCCACCACAUAUGAUACCAUCGAUAUUCGUUAUACUUGAUAAAUUACCUUUGAAUCAAAAUGGAAAAGUAGAUCGAAAGCAACUUCCUUCACCCGAAUUCUCUUUAUCGACUUUGCUUUCGUCUGAUAAAUCUAAUACUCGUCUUAAUCAGUUCGAACAACGUAUACACACUAUUUGGUGUCAAGUUCUUCAUUGUAAUGAGAAUCACAUUUCUAUAACUGCCAGUUUUUUUAGUGUUGGUGGUCAUUCACUUUUAUUUAUUGAACUUUAUCAUCAUUAUCAAUCAGUAUUUAACUUUGAUACUCAAUCACUCUCGAUUGGUCUUUUUCUUCAGCAACCAACUAUUCGACAACAUGCACAACUACUUCAAACACUUCCAUCCAAUGAUACGCAGCCAAUUCGAUGGCAAUCACUACAUAUCAAUCAAGGUAAAACGUCUUUAAAUUAA